GGGGUAAUUUGUAAUGGAAGAAGAAGCAAAUUGUUUUCUGCGAUUGCACUCCAAAGACCAUGGAAAAAAAAAAAAAAAAAAAACCCAAUGAAGUGAGAAGAAGAAGAGUCAUUUUCCAUUUAGAAACUCUGUACUAUCAAACUACAAAACCUCUUUGUAUGCCUCACCUUCAUGUGUAGGCAAAGCUAAAGUUACACCAACCUAAAAAUACAACUUCUCCCUAUCAAUGUUUUGUAGGACUCUUCUCUGUCUCAACUUCCCUCCUUCAAUGCAAAGCUAAAGUCCCAUGUCUCUUUCUCCUUAACAACCCUCUUCUUCUCUUCUGCUAUAUAAUUUAGACACCCAAAAUUUUUUGAAUAUCUAGCCCAUUUGCUAAGCAAGUUUAGGUAAUUGAUAGCUACCUUCAACUCCAAUCAUUUCCUUCCUUUUACACCAUUUCUCCACCUGGGUUCUUGCACUUCUUCUUAAGAAAGAAAGAAAACUAAUCUAGGGAGGAGGGAGGUGGCUGCUUCUGGUUCUUGUUUCUAAAAUAAAAUGCAGCUUCACAUAUCUCCAAGUCUGCGGCAUGUAACGGUGCUUCCAGGCAAAGGUGUUAGAGAAUUUAUCAAAGUGAAGGUUGGAGGUAAAAGAGUUUCCUAUAGAAUGCUAUUCUAUUCUCUUCUCUUCUUCACUUUUCUCUUCCGCUUUGUCUUCGUCUUGUCCACUGUCGACACCAUUGAUGAUGAAACCAAGUGCUCUUCUCUUGGUUGCUUUGGGAAAAGACUAGGACCAAGGAUACUGGGAAGAAGACUUGACUCAGUUCCAGAAGUAGAAAUGAUAUACCAAGUACUAAAAGAACCCCUAGACCAAGAUGAUUUAAAAGGAAGAAAUGAUAUUCCUCAAACAUUGGAGGAGUUUGUGGCACAACUGAAGAACACCAAUUUAGAUGCUAAAGCUUUUGCCCUCAAGCUCAGGGAAAUGCUCACCCUGCUUGAGCAGAGGACCAGAACAGCCAAAAUUCAAGAAUAUUUAUACAGGCAUGUAGCAUCAAGCAGCAUACCAAAACAGCUCCACUGCCUUGCUCUAAAGCUAGCCAAUGAGCACUCCACCAACGCAGCCGCCCGCCUCCAGCUCCCAAAGCCGGAACUUGUACCUGCCCUUGUCGACAAUUCCUACUUCCACUUUGUACUCGCCUCAGACAACGUUCUUGCUGCCUCUGUUGUCGCCACUUCGCUUGUCCAAAAUGCAUUACGGCCCCAAAAAUUUGUUCUCCACAUAAUAACAGAUAGGAAAACUUAUUCGCCUAUGCAAGCUUGGUUCUCCUUGCACCCUUUAUCGCCAGCAAUAAUUGAGGUGAAGGCAUUGCAUCAUUUCGACUGGUUUACAAAGGGUAAAGUCCCAGUUCUUGAAGCAAUGGAGAAGGAUCAAAGGGUAAGGUCACAGUUCAGAGGAGGUUCUUCUGCAAUUGUUUCAAAUAAUACUGAAAAUCCCGUCGUUGUCGCUGCUAAGUUACAAGCACUCAGUCCUAAGUACAAUUCAGUGAUGAAUCACAUCCGAAUUCAUCUUCCAGAGUUGUUCCCAAGUCUAAACAAGGUGGUGUUUCUGGACGAUGAUAUAGUAGUGCAAACAGAUCUUUCGCCUCUUUGGGACAUUGACAUGAAUGGAAAGGUAAAUGGGGCAGUAGAAACCUGCAGAGGAGAAGAUAAAUUCGUCAUGUCGAAGCGAUUCAAGAGCUAUUUGAACUUUUCUCAUCCUUUGAUAGCUAACAAUUUUGAUCCCCAUGAGUGUGCCUGGGCAUAUGGUAUGAACAUUUUCGAUUUAGAAGCUUGGAGGAAGACCAACAUAAGCCUCACAUACCAUUACUGGCUUGAACAGAACUUGAAAUCAGACCUGAGCUUGUGGCAGCUAGGAACAUUACCACCAGGGCUAAUAGCAUUCCAUGGUUACGUCCACGUUAUCGAUCCUUUCUGGCAUAUGCUGGGUCUAGGUUACCAAGAUAAUACAAGUGUAGCUGAUGCCAAGAGUGCUGGUGUAAUCCAUUUCAAUGGCAGAGCAAAGCCAUGGCUUGAUAUAGCAUUUCCUCGGCUCCGGCAAUUGUGGACUAAGUACAUAAACUUCUCAGAUAAGUUCAUCAAGGGCUGUCAUAUUAGGGCAUCGUAAGUUGAAUAUUUUAGAGGUGACCAUACAAAUAUAUGUCUGUAUAUGAGAAGGGGAAAAGACAAAAAAGAGAAAGGAGAGAGAGUGUUUCACAAGCUCAAAGGCCUUCUUUGCAGAUUGUAAAAUACAAUACAAACUCGGGCAUUUGUUUUUUUCUAUUUUAUUCUUUUCUUUAACAAUUUUAAAGAGAUCGGAGACUGAGUUUUUAAUGGA